GACAACAGCAAAGACAUUGAACUUGGGGAGAUUCAAAGAAAAGAUUCAAACCUCCACCUCUUUGACGAAAAUGGACACUUUACAAAUCGACAAAAUCUUAUUUCACAACAGAAUAACUAGAAGACAUUUUACUGGAUGCUUUGCCGCAGAUAAAAUUCCACAAGAAUUUCGAGAAUACCCGUGCUCAUUGGUCGUCAACCUUGAAAAAGCUACUCAAAGAGGAUCACAUUGGAUUGCAUUUUUUAUAAUUAACCCCGAGAAAAUAUUAAUUUUUGAUUCAUUACUACUCCCCGAACCUCCAAUUUCAAUAAAAAAUUUUAUUUCCAAAUUUCCAAACCGUGUAAUGAAUAAUGUUCCCGUUCAAAACCCUCUUUUACCCACUUGUGGACACCAUUGUAUCACUUUUAUUUAUUUUAUUUCCUCAGGAUAUUCUUAUAAAAAAUUCCUUUCCCUAUUAUUAAAUCAUUCAAACCCAGACGAAUUUGUUUUUUCCUUUAUUAUCAAAAUGAUAAAAAAUAUAUAA